CAAGUGACACCAUCUUCACAAACAAACACUUCCACUUCAGCCCACACCGGCCACAAGCCUCGUCACACCCCUCAACCUACUUGAACAUUAUCCGUUUGCCCACUCGUCACCAUGACUUCCUCAUACGCCCCCCAAUACUAUGGCAGCGGUGCCCUGCCCAUUCCCCCCAGCAAGCCCCAGUACCAGAGCCCCGCCAGCGGCUACUACCCCAGCGGGGAGAGCACCUACUCGGUGUCGCCGCCUGAGGACCUGGACCCUUCCGUCGUCAGCUCGGAAUCGGGCUACGGCAACAGCUACUCGGUGACCACCAGCUACGCCGGCAGCAGCCAGGGCGAGUACGAGAGCAGCGCGGGCUCCGCCGCCGGCGUUGACCUCAACGAGUACAUGCAGGAGCGCUUUGCCGCCACCUUUGACCCGCUCGCUCUUGACAAGUGCACCGCCAAGCAGGCACAGACAUCUGGCCACCUGAACGCCAAACACCGCGAGCUGCUCGAGCUGCAGGCAAAGGCGCAGGCGCGCCUGGCCAAAUCGCGGGCGCGGUUCGCGCAGGGGCUCGAGGACGCGCGCGAGGUGCGCGAGGAUCUCGAGUGGACGCAGAAGAAGGUCGCAUCCCUCAAGACCAAGGCGUCAAAAAAGCACACCAAGGAGUACGCAAAGGCGCGGGCGCGGUACCCGUCGCCGGAUCUGUACUAAUCUCUUCAGCCUUGUUGCUGUAGUCUGGUUUCAUUUCCCGGCGUUGCGGUUGAUUUAGCGUUUCUUUUUUGAGCCUCAUUCCAAAAACGGCAGAAACAGGGUCGCGCCCAUCUGUUUGUUCCUGAUCGAACGAGCAGAUGAGGGUGCGUCUGACCGCAAGAUCGGGGGAGUGGGGAGAGGGGGCGUGUGAGAAAGAG